GGAAUGUAAAGAGAUAUACUUGAACACUAAAAGACCAAAAUAUCCAAUAACUUAGCAGCCUCUGCUACCUGGUCGACCGAGUCAUCUUCUCAAGCCGCGUGUGUAAAUGUACGCAUAGCAUAUCAUCACUUGUGUCACUGAACACCAUCUCAUCAAACAACUUCAUUUAUUUUCUUGCAGAGCAAAAAUGGGGUUCGAUUCCGUAUUUAGGGUUUUACUCGAGCUCUUCCCACAGGUCGAUUCGCGGAUACUAAGGGCUGUUGCUUUUGAGAAUUCCAAGGAUGCUGAUGUAGCUGUCAGUGUUGUUCUUGCUGAGGUUAUCCCAUCUUUUAGUGGAAUUGGGUCUGCUGGGUCACCUUCCAAUUUGCUGAUUCCGAAUGGAGGAGAUUUCCGAGCAUCUAAUACAGCUGAUGGGAAGCAUAAUAAUGUUGGGAAUGUUGGAAUCUCUGAAGAAAUUGUUAUUGAUAAGCAAAUUCCAUCAGCCAAGCCCGUGGAAUCUAGUAAUGCUGAGUUUGGUAAUUUGGGCCUAAAUUCAAAUGGUUCAGGUCUAGGUACUGGUACAAGUGAUGGUCAUAGUCGGGUGCAUGUGAAUGCUUUUGCUAAGAAUGUCAGUUUACCAGAGGGGCACCAAGUAAGAAGUAUAGAAGCAGGUCCAGAAGAUGCCCUGUUAAAUAAUGCAGAUGGAUCUAUGGAUUCUUCAUACCUUGAUGAAGAAGAAAAAGCAAGUUUAGGUGAACUUGUACGAAAAAAUCAUCGUUCCAUCACACAGGUAGUUGAGGUCGAUCUAUCACCUGGUGAAAUUAUUUCUCCACAUAUUCCGGAAAGCAGCAGUCAGCUUGUAUGUGAACCAGGUUCACCAGCCACCAAAGUGGGGGAACUAGAAGCAGAUGUUCCGUCGUUUAUAGUUUUAGGGGAGGAUGUACCCUUUGGUUAUUUGGUUGAUUGUGAAAUUGUGGAUGUAAUGAAUAGGGUAUCGGAGAUAUUAAGCGAAGAUUUAGAGAAUGAAGAACCAAAUGGCAAAAAAGGCCGGUUUACUAGUGAAGUUGAUGGUUUUGAGGAUGAAUCUUCUAUGAAGGCUACUGUAAUUAGCAGGUCUGACCAAAUGUGUACUAUUGAACUUCUUGGGGAUGUUAUUGAAAAUGAAAAAACUGAGAAGAUUGCAUUGCGUUCAGCUAAGGAUUCAGUUUUUAGCUUGAUCAGUGAAGUGGAAAUUAAAGAGAAACUUGUAGAGAAAGCUAGAGAAGAAGCUGCACAGGGGGGAUUGGAUACACUUACUAGAGCAGAAGACCUAAAAAAGAUGUUGCAACGUGCGAAGGAGACAAAUGACAUGCAUGCUGGUGAAGUAUAUGGUGAAAAAGCUAUUUUAGCUACGGAAACGAGGGAGCUGCAAUCUCGCUUAAAAAGCUUGUCAGAGGAAAGGGUCAAAGGUCUUGCAAUUCUUGACGAGAUACGUCAAGCGCUCGAGGUGCGAUUAGUUUCAGCAGAAGAAGAGAUUAAAGAAGCAGAGAGUGAAAAGCUUAAUAAGGAAGAGUCUGCCCUGAGAAUUCUUGCUCACGAAGAAAGCAACAUGGAGAAGGUGGUUCAGGAGUCAAAGAUUUUGGAGCAACAAGCUGAGGAGAACUCCAAGUUGAGAGAGUUCCUUGUGGAUCGUGGUCGAUUAGUCGAUAUGCUGCAAGGAGAAAUAUCAGUUAUAUGCCAGGAUGUUACGGCUCUUAAAUCAAAGUUUGACCAAGGAAUUCCCUUGAGCAAAUCCUUAUCUUCCAGUCAGACCAGCUCCAUAUCAACAUCUUCAAGUUCAUCUGUAGUUGGUGCAUCAUUUGAAAAGGUGCCUGAGGUGGUUGUUUCCCCAGAUAACAAAAAGGAAAGUUUAUCAGAUUCAAAUGAUGAUCAGCUUUUCCACAGGGACGAGGUUCCAAGUGCUGGCAAGAAGAUUGUGGAAGGUGAUGAGUGGAAUCUCGUUUUUCGUAAAUUUCGCAUAUAGUGUGUGCAAUGAAGCAAACUACAACUUUAACGCGUAUUUUGAACUUGCAAGUGAUCAGAUGGUUGUAUAUUCAUCACCCUCUUCAGUUUUUCAUUUGAUUAUACAAAAACCGGCAUUCUGUGUUA